AUGACCCCGCGAGCUAUCUUCAGGAAGAUCGGACGCCUGGCUCUGUCCAGCGGCAAUCUAAAGGAACGCAGCCGCGGCGAAAGGCAGCGCGGCUCCGGCACAGCUGCCCAGGAACCGAUCACUUUCGAUAACCUUCCCGUCGAGCUCGUCCGCGAGAUCCUCGACUACCUGCUCCCCAGCUCAGCUCUACCCUUCGCGCUGACGUGUCGACGGUUUCAUUCCCUCGCCAUACCAGUCCUGUAUCGUAGGAUACACAUAACCGACCACGAUUUCAAACGCUUCGUCAACGAGAAGGUCUCGGUUCGAGACCCCCGCCUGGUCAAUGUCCGCGACGUGCGGAUCUCCGGUGACUUUAACCGCACCUUGCGCCUAUCAUGGGGUGGACACGAUUUCCAAAAACUGUUUCAAGCUUUCCCCAAUCUGCAAACCCUAGACACAACCCGCGCAAACCCAUGUAUGGGAAAUUGGGAACAAUUCCUCGAUAUCCUCAGUAUCUUGCCCCCAACAGCCCAAGAGCUCCGCGUCAAACUCUGGCGAUUUGACGGCAGCCUCCAAUCGUGGCGCUCAGCGCCGACCUUCCCUUCCAUCCGCCGCCUGGCGCUCGAGUUCGACGAGGGCCACUCCAUCCGCAGCGUCUACGACACGGACUCCCGCUUCCUACCUCCGACGCCGUCCAUGAACUUCCCCGCGCUCCACACGCUCGCGAUCCGCUUCAGCAACGUCCACGCGGAGCCGGCCUGGUUCUUCCGUGACGUCCACUUCCCCGCCCUUCGGGACUUCGCGUUCGGGGACGCGUUUGUGCUCAACGGCGACGACGGCGCGGUCGGCGCGUUCGCGCGCUUCCUCGCCCGCCACUCCGGCACGCUCCGUGCGCUCGACGUGCGGCUGUUCAACGCGACCCCGGCAGCGGGCGAGCCAAAGCGCGUCGAGGACAUGCGGGCGGCGCUUCGAGGGAUCCCGCUGCGCUUCGAGCGUCUCUGCAUGGACCCGCCUGCGGUGGCCGCGUUCGCGGGCGUGGCGCUCGAGGGGCUGGAGCAGCUGGACGUCGCGCAUUGCUUGCACAAACGCGGGAGCCGGGCGUGCAUCGCGGACCUGUCGGGGGUGGUGUGCCCCGCGGUGCGGAGGCUAACGAUGCGGCCGUGUGUGCUGGAGAAGCAGGCGCAGUUCCCGUGGAUGGUCAGCUUCCCGGUCAAGCUGUACGACUUGCACAGGGUGUUUCCAGAGCUGGAGACGCUGGAGCUGUGCAUGCACGCCGACAUCAAUAUCGCGCGCACCGUUGAGGUGCUGAACUCGUUUGAGUACUCGUUGCUGCAGUGCAGGGGACUGGAGACGGUGGCUGUCAGUGGGGACGGGGAGCACGUGGAGCGGUUCACUCUUUCCGCGUCGCCGGGGAGGCCUGGUAAACGGAAGCUUCGCAAAGUUGUCGAAGCUCGCACGUCCGGGUUGAUGAGACGUCUUUCGGGGCUUUAG